AUGGAUUGUGAUACAUUGUAAUCUAAGAAAUUACUUUAAUUUUAACAGACCCAAUAAUAAUCUUACGAUCCAGCUGUUGUUUUAGAUUAGAUGAGUAUGAAAACUAAUAAUUAUUUUUAUCCUUAAUAUAUUUCUAUUUAUAAGAAUAAUUUACUUACUAACCCAAUUUGA